UGUCAUUCAAAAUUUUUACUAAAUCCCUCCUCUUAUUUUUUCCAUCUUCGAAAUUUGACGAAGCAUAUCCUGAAGCAUCACAAGAAGGAACAGAAUGCUUAUAUUGAAGGAAAUAUUUCGAAAAAAAUAUUAAAAAACACAGUUUUAAUUUUUCUAAAGUAUACGAAUGGAGAAAUUUUUUUCUUGCAGGAAAUUAUGGACGAAGAAAAUGAUAAAAAUCGGUCUUUUCUGUUAUCACUCGGGCUCGAUUCAGGAAGCAUGGAUCUCAGGUCGAAUUCACCUGAAGAAGAAAAUUCCAGUAUUGGUUAG